AUGCCGUUCAAGCGCUCACUCGCCUCAUACCCGGGCGCGCCCCCAACGGCGCGCAGUAGACCGACACUCCUGCAUGAAGGGUUUGCCUUAACUCCACCGACCCCGGCCAUUGUGGACAGGCCGGCCUCCGCGGCAUCGGUCACUGCUCCCCACACUCCGGGCGGAGGGCCACGGGACAGGGGCUCGGGAGAACCCAAGCCUUACGGCAGAGGGUCGGCAGAGGCAGCCAUCACCGCGGCACAAGACCCGCAAGCAUGCAGAGCGGAGCUGUCGAAAGACAUCAUGGCGGAGUCGACCAAAGGUCCGGCCGCAUCACGUCAGAAACUUUGGGCUACGCUGGCCGUGACCGCAGGAUGGUCAGACACUUUCCACUUGGACCCAAACAUGAUCUUCACCGUCAUGGGGGCUCUCAAGACUGGAGGGUAUCGAUCAGCACAGCUCUACCUGGACACUGCGAAGAACUGUCACAUUGCCCUCGGUCAGCCAUGGGAUUGCCAGCUUCAACAAGCCUACCGGUCCGCCGUGCGCAGUUGCAAGCGCGGCAUUGGACAUCCCAAGCAGGCGGCUCACCUCCCUUUGGUACAGGUAGCCGAGUUGUUGGGCGACAGUGCUCUAGCCCCAGGCAAGUUGCCCACGGUGCACGACAACGGGGCAAGAGCGUACACUGGACACAGCGCCAGAGUUACCGGAGCCCGGUUCAUGGCCAUGCACAACAUUGAGUUGUGGCGAAUUCAGCUGUUCGGCCGAUGGGGGUCGGAUGUGUUCUUACAUUACAUCCAAGAUGCCCCAGUCGCGCAACUGGACAGACUGGCACUAGAAUCGACCGCGGCCAUGUCGGUGCGCAGAGCCCAGGAGGAACUCAGCACACUCCAACAACGCAUCAAGGAUUGCAAAGCAACCUUCAUGCCUCCGGAAUCGCAAAUGUUGGAAGAUUGCGAAGCCUCAGUGCACCUCAGUGCGGUGACCGUGACCUUGAAGGGGUCCAACAACUUCCUCGAUGGCUCACAGGUUGACGCUUUUGACGUGGAGAUGCCCCACACUGAAACGCCUGCCAUGAAGCAUGUGGUCUCCUGUCCCGAGGGCGCGCCCGUGGGGGAUCCCUCCUGCAGCACCUACGUCUUCGAUCUCUUUCGGAAAAGCAGCGACAUCGCCACACUGGAAGCCCUGGGCACCAGCUCCGAAAGGGUGAUGGUGGUAAAGCCUUCGUUUGAUCCGGGUGUCCAAAGCUACAACACCACCGUGCCCCUGGCAGAUCCGACCGACCGGGCGUGGACGAGGGAGAGAGCGGCGACCUACGACCGGUCGAAGUGA